CACUGCCUUGAUGUACUGCACUCACUUCACUUCAGUCUUCAAUAAUACUGCCGCUCUGCUCUUCUCCUCUGUUCUAUUGUCUCUUAUUAAAUUUAUCCGGUGAGAUUUUCAAGAAGAACGACAUGUAUUCCGGUUGAGGAGCUUUAAUAACCCCGGCACUCACUACCAGGUUCAGGUUUAAUUAUGGCGACUGACUUACAGGAAGAGUUAAGCAGACUGCAGGAUGUUGCUCUUAGAUUAACGGCGGAAUUAGGUGGAAAAAAUGAGAAAUUGAAACACAUGGGAAAAAUGUUGGAAGAAAAUUCGACAUCCCUUAGUCGAAUAACGGAGAAGAGAGAUCACCUUAAUCAAGCUUAUAAUGAAGAAAAGAGAAAAAUGAAGAGGACUAUGGAUGAAAACGAAAGGUUGAUGAGAGAGUUUGAAGCUCAAAGGAAAGAAAUUGAACAGCAGGCUAAGGAAAUUGAGAAGCGUGAUGCGCAAUUGGAUUUCAAAAACAAGCAACUUCAAGUUUUAAGAAUGCUGAAAAAUGGGACACAGGAUUCACAAAAGAUAACCACUGUACAAGAGAAGCAUGGAGGAGUGGAAAUCAUGAGUGGUCGGGACAAGGUUCAGGUCCAAAUUGAUACGAAUGGUCUGCACAGUGAACUGGAAGUGAAAGAUUAUGAAUUGGAUAGUGAGCUUAGCGGGAAGAAAACCCUUGUUAGCAAAGAGCACAAGUGUAACCAUGAUCCACAGGAGGAGCGCAAAGUUUCAAUUGAGGCUUCAAGAAAGAUAACCACUGUGCAAGAGAAGCCGAAGCAUCAAGGAGUGGAAACCGUAAGUAGUCGGGACAAGGUUCAGGUCCGAAUUGAUACGAACGGUCUGCACCAUGAAGUGGCAGUGAAAGAUUAUGAAUUGCAUAGUGGGCUUAGCCGGAAGAAAACCCUUGUCAGCAAAAAGCACAGGAGUUUAUAUGAUCUACAGAAAGCGCGUAAAGCUUCAAUCAAGACUUCAAGAAAGAAAACCACUGGGCAAGGGAAGCAUGAAGGACUGGAGAACAUGAGUAGUUGGCGGGACAAGCUUCAGGUCCAAAUUGAUACGAAUGGUCAGCACAAUGGAAUGGAAGAGAAAGCUUAUGAAUUGGAUAAUGAGCUUACCCGGAAGCAAAUACUUGUUGGCAAAGAGCACAGGAGUAACCAUGAGCUACAGGAGGCGCACAAAGUUUCAAUCGAGGAAGAUACAAGGGAAGAUGAUGAAAAGUCGAUAGGGCUGAUAGAGGAAUGGGGCAAGGGAGAUAUUGAAGGUAGUAGAGGAGAUAUGUUUCCUUCAAUCCCACCAUCAGAAUAUUUGGUUGAUCCGUGCAAUGAUAUGCCGAAUAACAGCUCAGAUCUUUCCAGUGUACUCCCUGGUUUGAAUGUUACAAAGGAAGAUGAUGAAGAGCUGGUAGAGGAACGGGGCAAGGGAGAUACUGAAGGCAGUGGAGGAGUAGAAAUCAAUGCCGUACAAGAUAUGUUUCCUCUAAUUCCACCACCAGAAUCUUCGGCUGAUCCAUGCAAUGAUAUGCUGAAUAACAGCUCAUAUCUUUCCAGUGCACUCCCUGUCCCGGAUGAUGAAAUUGCUGAAUUGGAAUGGUUAUCCACCUUUGUUGAUGAUUCUUUGUCAGCUGGAGGCAUCACUGUGGACAAAGACUACUCGAACAACAAUGAGAAGAAUGACUCUGCUACGGUCCUUAAGAAUAGCAGCUCUUGCUCUGGUGGAAAGACAAUGCCUCUCAGUCCUGACACUGUUGUUCCUACACCUGCACGGAGCAAGCGCCCACGAUCAGCAGUUUUCUAUGAACAACCCGCUCCAAAGUUAGCCUCUCAUGAAUCAUGUUUGAUUGACGUCGAAAUCCAACUAAUGCCCAACUCCUCCUAUAUAUCUUCAGCAUCAGAGUGUUUGGUAAAAUCCCAUCCAUCAUAUACACCCAAUGUUAAUGGAAAAGAACAGAAGAAGAAGAAAAAAAUGAAGAGGCCGCCACCAUGUAUGCCAAAUCAUAGCUCAGACCGUAACAAUUCGCUUCAACAACAGGAGCAGCUUGGGCUUGCAUACCAAAAAUGUAUGCAUUGUGAGGUAACAAAGACCGCAGUAUGGAGAGGAGGUCCAAUGGGUCCCGGAACCCUCUGCAAUGCUUGUGGUGUGCGUUACAAGUCCGGGCUCCUCUUCCCUGAAUACCGUCCUAAAGCGAGUCCAACAUAUGUAGCUUCAAUGCGCAGAAACUCUCACAACAAGGUCCUGGAAACGAGAGUCAACGGUACACCUGCCACUGCCAGAUGAGUUCAGCUCCAGAAUUCUUGCUAGCUAGAAAUGCCCAUACGCUUCAUUGCAUAUAUAAGUAGGGACCUUGGAAAUAGACCCUUCACCUUUUGUUCUGUUAUUUUAUAUGUUGUAUGUUGUAUAAAGUUGGGGGGUGACGGGGUGGAGAGGAGGAUAGGAGCAAUAUAUGACUAACAAUAUGUUAGCUGCCAGAGAGAAAUAUAACUUGAAGAAGGCUUAGGUGUAGGAUUUAAAGUGUUUCAGGGAACAAGAAGAAAGCUUUAAAUCCUCUUUUUUUGGUUUCGAAAUACUUCACAGAACAUAUAUAUCCCUGUAGGUAUUGGAAGCUUUUUUAGUUGCUUGUAACAUAACCUAAUUAAACACUCUGAAAUGAUGUUUUAGAGUACUU